GGCCUCUUUGCGCGGCGGCGGGGCUUCGGUGUGGGUGGCGUUGUGCGCCGCUGCCGCCAUGGGCUUUGGGGACCUUAAGUCCGCUGCCGGCCUGCGGGUCCUCAAUGACUUCCUGGCCGACAAGAGCUACAUCGAGGGGUAUGUGCCCUCCCAGGCCGACAUAGCGGUCUUUGAAGCUGUCGGCGCCCCGCCUCCUGCAGAGCUGUUCCAUGCUCUUCGGUGGUACAAUCACAUUAAGUCCUACGAAAAGCAAAAGGCGAGUCUGCCAGGAAUAAAGAAGGCUUUGGGGAAAUACGGUCCUGCUGAUGUUGAAGACACAACAGGUGCAGCCACAGAUAGCAAAGAUGAUGAUGACAUUGAUCUUUUUGGAUCUGAUGAUGAAGAGGAAAGUGAAGAAGCGAAGAAACUGAGGGAAGAACGCCUGGCCCAGUAUGAAUCAAAGAAGUCCAAAAAACCAGCUGUUGUUGCCAAAUCAUCAAUCUUGCUUGAUGUGAAACCUUGGGAUGAUGAGACAGACAUGGCCAAAUUAGAGGAGUGCGUUCGAAGCAUUCAAGCAGAUGGCCUGGUCUGGGGGUCUUCCAAGCUAGUACCAGUUGGCUAUGGUAUCAAAAAGCUUCAGAUUCAGUGUGUUGUUGAAGAUGAUAAAGUUGGAACAGACAUGCUGGAAGAAAGAAUAACAGCUUUUGAAGAUUAUGUACAAUCAAUGGAUGUAGCUGCUUUCAACAAGAUCUAAGCCUUGAUAUAUCUAGAAUAAAUAUAAUUGCAAAAAUUGGGCCAUCUCUGUCGUUAAUUCAAAGUCAUAGUGCAGUCCAGUUUGUUAAUGUAAAAUUUGAUUGAUGGGUAAAGUAGAAGCUAAUACAUUGGAUUUUAGGAUUGUUCCAGCACCAUAGUACCUAGUGCCAGAGCAAAGAGAGAGUUGCCAGUUGCCGUAUGUCUAGGCUUAAUAUUCAUGUGGCUUUAAAUAUCUGAAAUGCCCUUUAUUUUAAGCGGUUACAUAUUUGGAUACUUGUAUUUAAUCUGGAAGGAGAGAUUGCUUUCAGGGAGAAGCACAGGGCAGUAGCACUUUUUUCAAAAGGAAUAUGAAUUUUGUAUAGGAAGGGUGGUGUUUAACCAAAUAGUUGUAUGGUGGCCUUUGCCUUUUCCUUUUGAAAGCUAUAGUUUAACUGGCACUAAGGGAAUGAAGACAAAGAUAGGGAAGUUUAAAGCAACGAGGACUGCAGUGCAGUGGAGGUUAUGUGGUGAAAUGUACUUUUUACCCGGCAGUCUCAAGUCAAAUUAACUUCUCACCAUCUUCAGUUGUGUAGAUCUGAGAUUUUUUU